GUGAAAAGCAGAAAAGCUAUUCUGUUCUAAACCACACGGUUCUGGAACUAGCUAUUCUCCUGAAGGAGAGACUCAACCUUGAAUAUCGAGCACCCACAACAUACAAGCUGAUUUUUUCAUCAAAUAAAGGUUCAGCAAGAUGGCAGAUAGUAGAGGAGGCACCACUGCAGGUGCUUCUGAAUCCCCACCAUACGAAGAUCGUCAGCUCUUGAAAUGGAUCGAAAGACAGCCAACGAAGAACCAACAACAUAUUACAUCGGAAUGCCUCAAGUACUUCCUGGACAAAGCUGCUCAACCCCGACACGCAUCGAACAAUGCGUGUAUCAAGCUCUGUUACUUUCUUGAUCAGUGUCGAAUCUCGAGUUCUUCUGUCAUCCAAGGCGUCGCAAUUUCUGAGAAGACUUGCUUAGAAUUGUUCAGCUUUUAUAUCGAGUGGAACGAGAAAAAUCAGAACCGAUCAAUGCGUCAAGUCUUGGAACUUGUUUGCUCUCUCAUCACUCGCAAUAAGGACAUUGAUAUUGCGCUCUCUUUGAAGUCCUCGAUCGUCCAAAGGACACUGGCUAUUAUCACGCAUCAAGCUGCACAACCUUUGGUCAAACCAGCUUUCAAAUGUCUGGAAUACCUGGUCGGGAAAGGCACCAUUUCUGUGCGAGGCCUCGUCGGCGCAGUUGAGGAAAGCGGAGCCGUCAGUGCCGACAUGUCUGCAUCAAAAUAUUCAGAAAUCGAAGACAACUCGUGGGAUGACUUCUUCGCUGGAGUGUUCGAGUGGAUGACGCUUCCUGACAUUUCCCCAGCUGCAGGCAAGUUUCUCGUCACAAUAUUCAGAGCUUUGAGAGAUCAGAAAUCCAAGGCUUCAGGGAAUCGAAACGAGUACUCUGCAUCAUGGCAACGAUGGAUUAGGAAUGGACUUGAAAAGAACCCUGAAAGCUUAGAGAACGUCAAGAAUUACUUAUUUCCACCACUGUUCAAGCUUGAUCGGGCUGGGUCGAUCAUCUUUCUGAGGGACCUGAACAUGGCUACUCCUUCGAUGAUCAGCGUGACGAAAGGUCUACACGCGCAUCAGUUACUGCAGCUCUCUGCUAUGGAGAUGGGUAAAAAGGCAGGACUGAUCGAAGAACCAGCAACGCUUGAUUGGCUCGUGAAGAGCAAGAAAUCCUCUGAGACCAUUGUCCUCACCGAAGAUGCGUUGAAGCAAUUGGUUUUUCAUGCUUCCGACACUGUCCGCUCACUUGCUUUCUCGGUCAUGGUUUCGUCUCUAUCUUCAAUUCGACCUUUCAGUUAUGUGGCUCUCGAAAUUCUGAAAUCGUGCAUGGAUGUCCUCUACUCAGAUCCAGAUGCCAAGUUUCGCAAUGAAGUCCUGAGUAAUACGAAACAUAUGAUUGAGAGACUGCGAGGAGCUACCUCUUCAAUGGCCAGAGAAGUUGAGAAUCUUUCAUACCUGCCGCAUGGAACCGGAACAUUCAACGAAGGCCAGAUGCAAGAACAGAAGGAUCUCAGGGAUGAAGUCAUGGCUCUACUUGAAGCUCAUAAAGACUUUCUGGCCUGGUAUCUAGGGUUUUUGCUUGGAGAAAUGAUCCCCACUGCUUCAUACCAACGACAUAUCACUGCCUUGAGAGCAACCCUAUUGUUUGUGAACUCUGGCAUACACGAGACAACACCACAAUCCGCACGCGUCUUUGGAAGCUCUCCUGCAUGGCCAUUCUCUUUCCAAUUCUUCACUCCAGGAGCAGUUCGCCUGUUAAUGGACCUUCUGUUAGACCCAUUCGAGGAUGUAAGAAGUACUGCUGCGGACAUUUUAAGGCUCGCUACACCUAGAGACUUCGAUUCGGGCUCUGCGGUGUGUACGGAAGGUCAAGAUACCUCAGUACAGACGCUUGGUACUCAGUUACAUGUUCCUCUGUCUGGUGGAUUAAAUUUGGUGGACACCUCGCUUAAAUCAACAGCUGGAAAACCCUGUGUAUUGUCUCCUGCAUCGUCCAGCAAUACAUUGGCAGAUAUUGCAAAGAGCAGAGAAGGUAUCUCAUGUUCGCAGACAUCGUUAUCAACUUCGACGUCGAUGUUAGGAUGCGGAGGCGUCGAAAUUGAACGCGGUCAUAAAACUCGCAAUAGCUCGCUUAACAGCAAUAGACAAGGAGAUGACAGAACGCCCAAAUCGAGUAAUGGCACUGAGAAGGGAGGAAGUAGUAUUUGUGGUAACAAGGCUGCAGAAGCUGUCGACAGAAUCGAGCAAGCUCCAGCACUCAGAACACCCUCGUCAAGUGAGCUCGUCGAACCUGAUAGCGCACGGAGCUUGAGUAACGGUUUAGACACCCUCAAAGAACCCAAAGAACCCGCAGAGGAACACAAAGAUUUCGCCGCCUUACUAUAUUUUAUCGACAGAGCCAAAGCAGUGUCAAGCAAGACUGGUCGUGCAGACUACUCAGACGGGUUGGCACGUUCUUAUGAACUCUUGUAUGGCAUGCAGUGUUCCGCUGACGCAAGGAAUAAAUUGAUGACACAGUUGAUGGAAGAUUUAGAGGAGAACCUUCGGAUCGCAGAAAAAGACUUAGGGCAAGCUGUGCUAGAAGCACCCAUUCAUGGAAAUUUUGCCGCACUAAGACUCGUUUGGGACUCUCCAGCCUUCUCACAGCACCACAAACAGACGCAGCUCCAUGAUCUUGCCUUACGUGCUCAAUUGGACGAUUUACAGCAGCGCAUGAUCACAGGUUGUAUUCGUAUCUGGCACGCUGUCAAAGAGAUCUUGUGCAACGACUCCCCUGAAGGCCAUCUCCUCGAAGAUCUGGAUGACGUCGAAGUUGAUCGUGUUGAUACGAAGAACGUCCUAAGUUACAGCUUCAGAGCCAUCCACGAAUCAAGUAACUUGUUACAGUCUCUGCUCAAGAAGAUCAAGAUCCACCUACCCGACGAAGGUCCUCUCCUACCUAUCGCGCUCUUCGAACAGAUCGGGGACUUGACAUUUGAUCAGCUAUCCAAUCUUCGCCAUCGAGGGGCCUUUUCUACUGUCUCACACACAUUCAAUAUGAGUUGCGAGCUUACUCAAUACAAGGGCUUGAAGCCUGGCACGAAGCUGGAUGCUAAACUGGUGGACUGGUACAAUAAAUCUCUGGAAUGUAUCCAACUACAAGCGUCUACAACACGUCGAUCAGCUGGAAUUCCAGCGAUGCUCACUGGUAUUAUGAUGGCCAAAUCUUCAAACGCUUCUUUUGAUACUAUCAUCAAGGAGUUGAUGAAGGUUGCUUGGCUCCCAGCUGUCAUUUCUCAGGACGACAACACGAGUAUCCCUCAAGUACAUGCUUUGAAUUCGAUCAAAGAAGCUUUCAAGAGCUCCUCUCUCGGUUUGUUAUGUGAGCCAUAUAUUGGAAACUGUUUACAAUUGGCGGUACACUCUCUGAAAUCCACAAUCUGGGCUAUUCGAAACUGCGGCCUCCUCUUAUUGCGUAGUCUCAUUGACACCAUCUUCGGUACCAGUGUUAGCAAAUCGGAGAUCGAGAACGGCUGGGAUGGACGUUCCAUCAAGAUCGAUUACAACAGAUAUCCUGAGCUUACGAGCGUCAUAGAGAAAUUGCUUGCCUCUUCCGAGGAUCUGUACGCCUUGAAUUCUCCAGAGAUCGUCCUUCCUGCUCUGGAUAUUCUUCGACGCGCUGGGCCUCCAAAUGGCGAUUCUACACUUCUUGUAAAACUCGUAUCCGCACAAUUACGCAGUGAUAUAUGGCACGUUCGUGAUAUGGCGGCCCGAGCAUAUUGCGCUCUCACCAUGGGACGAGAUAUUCCUACUUUAGUUGUCGAGUUGUUGACAGGCAAAGAAGGAGAACAUUCUAAUACCCGACACGGUCGCCUACUUUCAGCUAGGCGUAUCGUAGAGCGCCAUGCUUUGCUGAAUCCACUUGCUGUUUUUGAUGUAUCCGAAAUAUCAAAGGCUUGCUCUGCUCAAUAUCAUCUUGAAAGAUCUGCACCAAACUUCCGGUUGUUCAUACUGGCUGAGAUUAUCGAGACUCAGAACGCUCAACUUUCGGCUGCAUUAGCACUGUCAAAAGUGCCGGAUUCUGUUUUCUCACAGGCAGAUGAGAACUACCUAUCUAUGACCUUGAAGCUCCAUCAAGCUCCGGAACUCCGCCUGGCACUUCUUAAACAAGCCUUCCUCAUCGCAGCUGUUAAUGAAAACUUCGUCUCGAUCGCUGAUAUCACCAGAAGAGCUGCCGCGGUAUUGGAUUCUGAUACGAUGUUGGAAGUACUGCCCAUCAUAUCUCAGGCAUUCAAGUCAGACCCCAACUUGGUGAGAAUCGCUCAAGCAUAUGCGGGUAUUUACAAACGCAACAUCGACGCCGAUGUCAAUGCAGCUGCCCUGAAUUGCUUGUCCCAAGCUCUUGAGAACAAGUACGAUUAUGAAGUCUCUCAAGAGGGGCUGUCGGGAGUUUUUGCCGGACUCCAACCACGGUUCAGUGGCCCAAUUCUGUUGAAUGCCUGGGUCACCCUCAGUGGUUGGAUGAUGGCUGUCAAGUUUUCAAACUCCUUCGCUGGCACGGGCCGUUUGCUGCAGUCAGAGAUUGGGGAGUGGGGUGUGACUCUAAUGUGGCAUGGAGAAGCCACAAAAGACAACGAUAGUAGACUCGCAGCAGCGAAGGCUAUGCGCUGCGUAUUGUCCCACAAGCAGUGGGUGAGUAAAGCAAAAGCCGACUUUCUUCCGGUUUUGCUUCCGCUUUACAACACGUUAAACGACGACGAUAGCGAGAUCAGGGAGAUUGGGGCACAAAUAGUGUCCCAGCUUGCUGGGGUCUCUCUCGUUGGCUUGGCUGCUGCCCGAUGGCUGGCUAAAGACUUCAUGCUACCAAAGUAUGGAGCAUCCCUCAAAUUUGCCUGGAACGUGGUGGACAGGAUCACUGGGACCACGCCAGAGCUUACCCAGCGCAUGAACCCCCUCUUUUCCCUGGACAUGCAACUAGACUUGGCAAGAGAGCAAGACGACGAUCUCUUCAGCGUCGAGAAGCCAAAUCUAUACAUCGACGAGAAGAGGGAGAUUGACCUAUGGGCACAAGUACUCAGCAACUUACGACAACAGAUCGUUGAGGAAAGUCAGAUCUCGCCGUGGGACUCCAAGCCUCUCAACGCCCUGCUGAACUGGACGAUCGAAGGAUUGGUCUCAGUAACCAACCUAUUGGCCCUGUUACCCCGCUGCUCAGAAUCAGAUGCAAGCAUUUUCACCGCAUGUGUGAGAGUUAUCGCUGCCUCUGCUGCUCUCUUCGAUUACCACGACAACAUUUGUAAGGCAAACCCUGACGCCAACGACUUGAAGGGCUAUGCAACAUGGGUCGCCAAAUCUGAUGAGAUCCGCGGGCUUCUGCGCAAAUGGACAGUGCUCGCCAUUGAACAAGGAUUUCACGAAUCCAUCUUAGCCAAAUUGCUCGAACGAGAGCCUCCAGAAUCACACCUUCGAAAGCAAUACGAAGAAGCUUGCAAACUUGUUGCGGACUUCAGACUUGUUGGCCGCUUUGACUCCAGCACGAACCCACAAUAAAGGUCUUGAAAGACGUUGAAAAAAGCACUUGCAAGUCAUCUCUCGGGCGGACCGAUAUCUAAGGUUCCACAUUCUACAAUACUUCGAUCCUCUUUCUUCUCCAACGCUAAGCGGAACGGCCGAACUAAUUCUCCGAUAAACCACUAUUUUCGUUGUUGACUUCGACUUUGGCAACGCUAAAGAAGAUUUUGCGAUCUGCUACUUU